AGGAUGGGAGGAGACAGGCGCAAAGCUAAAAAAAGGUUAGAUAAAUAUUAUUAUUUGGCAAAGGAGCAAGGAUACCGCGCUCGUUCAGCCUUUAAGUUAAUUCAACUGAAUCAAAAGUUUAACUUUUUGGAAAAGUCGCGUGUGAUUGUCGAUCUUUGUGCUGCUCCAGGCGGAUGGCUCCAAGUUGCUCGAAAGUUUGCUCCCAUUUCAAGUAUUAUUAUAGGUGUUGAUCGUGUUCCCAUCAAGCCCAUCCACAAUUGUUUGACGUUGCAAGAAGAUAUUACAGAAGAGAGUUGCCGACAAGCUUUAAAGAGAGAGCUGAAGCACUGGAAAGCUGACUGCGUACUUCAUGAUGGUUCUCCGAACGUUGGACAAACCUGGAUUCAGGACGCUUUUGAUCAAGCUGAUUUGACUUUAAAGGCCUUAAAGCUUUCUACUGAUAUUCUGAAGCAAGGUGGAUACUUUAUUACGAAAGUUUUCCGAAGUCGCGAUUAUUUUGCCUUGAUGUGGGUUUUAAAUAAGCUUUUCUAUAAAGUUCACGCGACGAAACCGGCGGCUUCCCGUAACGUUUCAGCCGAAAUAUUUGUGGUUUGCUGCGGUUUUAAAGCACCCACCUCACUGGAUCCUCGGUUUUUGGAUAGCAAAUUCAUAUUUAAAGAAGUCGAAGGAGUGUGCAAGUCACAGGCACUUUUCACGAAUAAUAGAAGGAACUCUUCAGCAGUUGGCUACAAAGAUGAUGAAGAUUCAUUUCACGAAACUUUAUCUGUUUCUGAUUUUCUUGGCUGCACUGAUCCUCUUCUCGCACUUUCGCGGUGCGCUGAAGUUAUUUUUCAACCGGAAAUUGACGACCCUUAUGUUGGCCACAUGGCCACUACGCAGGAGAUUCGCGAGUGUUUAAAAGAUAUAAAAGUAUUGAACAAAAAGGAUUUACGAAAUGUGUUAAGGUGGAGAAAAGCACUUCUCCCACUUUUCGAAGAAAUCAAUAAGAAGGAACAAAACGUUUUGGAAGAUCAACCGAGCGAGCACGAUAACGUUGAGAUAACGGCUGAGGAAAGCGAACUUUUAGAGGCCAACGAAAAACUUAAAGAACUACAACUUUUGAAAACAAAAAAAGAGAAGGCCAAGAAAAGAAAAGAAAAUCGUCACCUGUUGAAGAGGAAAAAUAAAGAAUUGCAUGGAAUGGGUCUUCCGGCUAAUCGUUUGACUGUUGAGGAUGAGUUGUUUUCCAUGAAACUUUUGUGUGAAAAGCCCAUCAUGAGGGCGUUUCUUAAAAAUAAAGUUCCGCUACUGAAAGAAGAAAAGCAAAAGGUCCAAAAAAAUGAAGUUGAUGAUGAAGCAAAACUUCAAGCAGAAUUAAGUGAGAAUUCUGACCCUGAACUGCAUCACUACAAAAUGCAAAGAAUAAAGGAAAUGGAUGAGUAUUAUAAUAUUAUUAAGAACAAACGAAGUAAAGAGAGUAAAGUUGCCGAAAAACUAGUAAAAAUCAACAGCCAUAACAAAGCGUUGCUAGAAUAUAACAAACCUGAUAAGAGCUCCACAAUACAAAAUUUUUGCGAAGGUAAAAAGCACGUGAGUUCCUAUAGUAAUAAAAGUUCAUUGGCCGCAGAGAGUUCUACUGACGAUUCUCGUUCUAUUGAUAUGUGGUUUGCUCAGAAUGAAUUUUCAGAAAUUUUAUCGGAUUUAGAAAACGAGGAACAAGCAAAGAAGGAACUUGAAAGAAGACUCGCCAGAAAAAGUACGGUCACACCUGCUGAAACCUCAGAUUUGCCUAAAAGGUUUCAACAAAAGUUGCAUGAGAAAAGCGCGAGCUUAAAAACUCGCCUUGCCGAUGGUGAACUUGAAACCGUAAAAUUUAUUUCCGAGUGCGAUUUAGAAAGUGAAACUGACGAUUUUUCGGAUUCUAAAAAUAAGAACUCAGUGAAACUGGACGCACAGGGACUUGCUUUGGGCUCCCUUCUUAUUUCUAAAAAGCGAAAAGCCAGAUUAGAGGACAAUUCUUAUCACCGCUUUGCUUUUCAAGACGGGCCUUUGCCUGAUUGGUUUCUCGAUGACCAACAAAAACACUAUAAGAAAUAUAUCCAUGUGCCAAGCGACGUCCUGCAAUUUUAUAGUAAGCGAUUAAAAGAAAUUAACUCUCGGCCAAUUAAAAAAGUUCAGGAGGCCAAAGCGAGGAAGAAGUUGAAGGCUUCGAGGAAACUGGAGGGCAUGAAAAGGAAGGCUGAGUCUAUUAUUGACAAUCCUAACAUGAGCGACGCAUUUAAGAGGAGAACAAUUGAAAAACUUCACUACUCUCGAAAGACCCGUAGUAAACCUAGAAACGUCCAAUACGUUGUCGCUUCCAAGUCGGGGGCUCGAAGGAAAAGCCAAAGAUCCCACAGCGUAAAGGGCCCAUAUAAACUUGUUGAUCCUAGAAUGAAGAAAGAUAAGGAAGGACUGAAAAGAGCCUUGGAACGAAAAAAGUUAAGGAUUAAAAAAAGAAAAUCAAAAAAAUAA